CUGCGCACUCUGGUUAUAAUGUUUUCAGGCUAGAGAAUGUCCGACAACGCAGAAUCUCCCACAGAACCACAAAAAGAAGACUCAUCUACACAGAAUCAACAGAAUGUCGCAGCAGAUUCUGGAGAUACUGCAAAGACGGAGGAGAAGAAAAAGAUCGAUGUGCUGUUGAAGGCAGUAGGAGACACUCCUAUAAUGAAGACUAAGAAGUGGGCAGUAGAGAGAGGGAGGACUAUUCAGUCUCUCUCUCAGUUCAUCUCACGCUUUCUUAAACUCGAGCCCAACGAACAACUGUUUAUUUAUGUCAAUCAGUCAUUUGCGCCAUCACCCGAUCAAGACGUUGGUGUCCUUUUUGAGUGUUUUGGCAGUGAUGGGAAACUUGUUCUUCAUUAUUGCAAGUCACAAGCCUGGGGAUGACCUUUCAAUGUUUUACACACAUGCAUACACACACAGACACACACUCAUGCACGCACACACACACAUGCACACACACACGCACGCACACACACACUCACACACACACACACACACACACACACACAAUUAGUGUUCUCAUCAGUUUUUAUAAUGACUAAUUAUUUGUUAUUUGUCUUUAUGUAAUAAAUGUAAAUAAAUUAUUAUGAAA